UCCUCUGACUGCUACUAACAGUUACGCUCCGCUAGCAACGUAAGCCGGAUGUGACGCAUGACCCGGCGUGUUGACUAAUCGUCUUCCUCCGCCGUGAAACAUGGCGCCGAUAUUGGCACCGCUAAAAUGCGGCUUUCACUUCCAAAACAGAAAAUUGGCCUUUCUUAUUCGCCAGACCGGCUCGUUUCACGUUUGGAAUAAAAGCGGCGCUGAAGAGGGGAGGAAUUAUAAACGACAGAAGAACACAUAUGUGCUGAGCUCCUUUCCACACUUACGAACAGCGACAUGGAGCACAAACAGAUUGGAGAGCAGCCGUCGGAUUUUAGAGGGGCUAAAACAUUUGCAGGGGAUGGACAAGCGGACAUGUUGGCAUGGACACGCAGGAGGGGGUUUGAGUGCAGACCCAAAAAAUGUGCUGAAAGAAGUGAAUUCGACCAAGAUUCUGUCUGCAAUGGUGGCCUACGUGUGGCCAAAGGACCGACCAGACCUGCGGGCGCGUGUUGCCAUUUCGCUUGGCCUUCUCGCUGGAGCUAAAUUGACCAACGUGAUCGUGCCCUUCAUGUUUAAGUAUGCGGUGGAUGAGCUUAACCAGAUGUCGGGACACAUGCUGAACCUGAAUGACGCGCCAAGCACAGUGGCUACCAUGGCAACGGCCAUGUUGAUUGGCUAUGGUGUCUCUCGGGCUUGUGCAGCCUUCUUUAACGAGCUGAGGAACACGGUGUUCGGCAAAGUGGCCCAAAGCUCCAUCCGACGCAUCGCUAAGAACGUCUUUCUGCACCUGCACAACCUGGACCUGGGGUUCCACCUCAGCCGCCAGACGGGGGCGCUGUCAAAGGCAAUCGACCGCGGCACGAGGGGUAUCUCCUUCGUCCUCAGCGCUCUCGUCUUCAACCUAGGACCCACCGUCUUUGAGAUGGCCCUCGUCAGUGGUAUUUUGUAUUACAAGUGUGGCGGACAGUUUGCAGCAGUGGCCUUGGGCACCUUGUCAGCGUAUACUAUUUUCACAAUUCUUGUUACUCAGUGGAGGACUCGUUUCCGCAUUGAGAUGAACAAAGCAGACAAUGAAGCA